UUGAAUUAAGAGUUUCAUCUAUCCGCGACUUAGCAAGAUGAAAUUGUUACUUAUUUUGUUGCUCUUUGCCCCAGAUGUGGUAGCAAAGAUGCCCGAAGUUCAAACCCAUCUGUUUCAAAGAGUCUUUUCUCUGGAUAACAUAAAUGUUCUAGAGAUCCCCUCCAGUUUUAGUCAGUGUGACGAUUUCCUGGAAUGCGGGUCAAUCUGUUCACGGGACGAUCUGUGUGUCGCUAUGGUGCACUAUGAUGGCGAGUGCUACACCUAUGCUUCAUCCGUUUCGCCAUCUGGCAUCGCAAAACCUGGCGCCAGAGCUUACACCAAGCGCAGAGCCAAGACAUGCCCACCCGACUUCCAUCAAGACAAAGAAGCACGGCUGUGCGUGAAGAUCGUUGCGAAUCCUUACGGAACCUUCAAUGAGAAGAGAUGCACCGAACAGUCCAAAGAUGCCCGUCCUGCCCAGAUUCAAACAGCACGGAAACAUCGAGCAGUGGUGAUCUAUGUGGAUAAAAAAGGAACCAUGUCAAACGUCUUCGUUGGUGGCAGAACAAACGCCAAGGGAGCCUAUUCCUGGUUGGAUGGCACUGCGAUCAGGAGCAAUAUGUGGUGUCUGGGUAGUUCUUUUGGCCAGAAAUGUGUUCAACUUUGGACAAAGGGGGGAUUUUGCCUGAAAGAUUGUGAUUGCUAUUCUUCUAAAGAAAUAUUGUGUGAAGUGCCCCUGAAUGAGUAGCAGGAAAGUUGCACUGUACACUUUUAUUUGACUAUUGUGAGAGCGUCCCGAAUCCAAAAUAUAUCCUUCACGUACCUAUUAAACUCUCAUUAGGUGAUAUUGUGUUGCGGACAUUUUAGUCCAUUUACCAAAUUUAAAAAUUUGUUGGUAACAAACCAAGAUAUAGCUAAUGAUUCAUUACAGACAUUAUCAUAAGAAAUUUUCAAACAUUAGAUUAAUACAAUAUGUGCUGUGCUGAAAUAUUACAAUUUGUGAAGUCGACAUUAUAUAUAUUGUAACAACUGAUGACUGAAUUUUCUCUGGUCAUUCAUAGGUUUUCAAGGUAUUCAGGGAUCAUAUUAAAAAUUAACAAGCUUAGCUGAGUUUAGACAUGUGUACUAAAUGAUGUUGUAUAUUUAAGAAAUUAUCUUGGAUAUGACUUUGUCAGAUAUUACUCUAGGGAAUACAUGUUAUAUCUGUAAUCAGCCAUGACAGCUGGCACUCACAUAUCCACUUUCAAUAACUAGCGCUUCGAAAAUGAUGAUUGACUUACAUGUAUGCUUAUUUGGCAUAUUAACGAUCGGAUUUGUGUGGCUGGAUUAUUAAUAUCAAAACUAGGACAGACCAAGGAAAAAAUAUUUACAAUGUAUGGCUGUUAUAUUGUUGAGUAAAUAUCUACUUCUGUAAGUAGCCCCUACAGACACACCUCUGUGUUUUGUUAGAUCCGUGUCACAUACCUUUAUUACAUUAGCAAGAGACCCGUGAAGAUUCCGGGGUAGAAUAGGUCUUCAGCAACCCAUGCU